AUGAGUCAGGACGAUGCUGCAAUAAUUCACAAGGCUGCAGCUGCAGCUGUCAGCCAACACCAUCCAACCGAGGACGACCUGGAUUCCGCCGAGGCAUCCCACGACGAAACGACGUCGCCGCUGAGCAGCAAAAAGGCCCUCUGGGCUUGGCUCAUUCUGUGCUUUUCCACCGGCCCGACCAAUGGCAUGGUGAAUAGCUAUGUCACGGCCAGCAUUCAAUCGGCGGCCAAUGCUGUAGGACACAUUCCCGGCACCAAUAAGCCAUGUGCCCGAAGAGGUGCCAUCUCAUGUGCGGUCAAGCUGGGAGGCAGAGAUGUCGACUAUCUCAGCUACCUGCUGUACCUCCGUUCCAUCAGCCGAGCCACCGAGGGCGUUGUAUCUAUCCUGGCAUCGGGUCUGGCCGACUUCUCCAACUACCGCAAAACUAUGAUGAUGUGCUCCAUCUAUCUCUUUGGCGCCCUGGCCCUGCCAUUUGCUGGGCUGACAGGCAACGACUAUAGCCAUCUGAACGCCCUGUCUACCCUUUAUGUCGUCAUUUCAACUGUGUCUGGUGUGUACACCGUUAUCGAAGCGUCGUACAUCCCGAUUUUCAUGAGGUCGGUCGGUUGGUUCAGUAAGCGAGCCCGACUUCAGGACCAAGAACAGACGGCCACCUCAGACAACCAGACCUGGAUCCAAGGUAGUCUUGUCAGUGUUCUUGGUUUGGUAUCUGGUAAUCUCGGUGCGAUACUGGCGCUUCUUAUCGGAGUCAUCAUUACCUAUACUCGAGGAAGCUAUGUCACGGAAGGAUAUUUCAACUUCCUGCUCGCCAUUACCGUAGGCGGAUGCCUUACCAUCGUCUGCGCGAUAAUCGGUCAUAUUCUGCUACCAAAUGUUCCCGGUGCCGAAAGGCCCAAAGGAAAGAGCAUAUUUCUGCUCCCAUUGCGCACUUGGCUCAAACUCAUUGGCUCCAUACGCAAGUAUCCCAACGCCUUCAAGCUGUGCAUAGGCUGGGUCCUUUGGAACACUGGCUACAGCAACUUUCUCCAGCUCCUUGGCGCGCUUUUUCUCGAAACGACAGGCAUCCAGCGAGGGAGCGACGUCUACACCGUCUACACCUUCAUGAUGGUCAUUUUCGCAUGCAUGGGCUCUCUCGGCUGGCUUUUUAGUUUCCGCUACGCCAAGUUACACAUCAAGAGCUGGGCGUAUCUAUUCCUCGCUGUCAACAUCCUGUGCGUCUUCUGGGGCUGCAUUGGAAUAAGCAAGAACGUGAGCAUCGGGUACAAGCAUCAGGCUGAAUUCUGGGUCGCCGAUUUCCUCUUCAUGAGCACAAGCAGUGCGCUGAGGUCGCUGAACCGAGUGCUUUACGCAUCGCUCAUUCCAAAGGGGUCCGAGGCCGCGUUUUUUGGCCUGGAAAUUACGCUGGACCUUGCCACGGGGUGGAUUAAUCCCCUCGUGCAGGGCGUUAUCCAGAAUAGGACGCAUAACCUCCGGUUCCCCAUGAUUCCUAAUCUGCUGCUCAUGCUUGUGGCGUUGGCGUUGUAUGUCUGGACAGAUGUUGAUCAGGGGAUGCGGGAUGCCGAAGUGCCCUUGGCGUCGAGUCCCAGCGGACAGGCACAACCUGGUUUCACAAGAGUUGACAGCAGAAAUGUCUCAAAGAAUGCGACGGCGUAG